CUUCGAUAUUCUCAUCUUUUGCCUUAUGUGUACAGGAUCGGUGUUCUAGGCCUAACGAACGUUCAAUAGCUGGCAAAAUCCCAUAGUUAGAUUUUACUAGAAUCUAAUCAUGAUGGCCGACGAGAAUGGAGAAACAGAUGCUAUUCUCGGAGAGGAUUCCUCAAUAUUAACACAAGGAAGCGGGGGUGACGCCACGAACAUCACUGAAGAUAGCGGCGUAGAAGACCCAGAAUUGGAAGCAAUUAAAGCAAGAGUACGGGAAAUGGAAGAGGAAGCUGAAAAAUUGAAGGAGAUGCAGACAGAAGUAGAUAAACAGAUGAAUAUGAGUUCUCCUACAGCAACACCUGCAGCGGUGCCAUUUCCUACGCCAGAAGAAAAACAAGAAGCUGACGGGAAGUCAAUUUAUGUUGGUAAUGUUGAUUAUGGUGCUACAGCUGAAGAGUUAGAACAGCAUUUUCAUGGUUGUGGUUCAGUGAAUAGAGUAACCAUUUUAUGUGAUAAAUACACCGGACAUCCUAAAGGGUUUGCUUAUAUAGAAUUUGCAGACAAAGAUUCAGUUAUAACUGCAAUGGCUUUAGAUGAAUCCCUAUUUAGGGGCAGACAAAUUAAAGUAGUUCCAAAGAGAACAAAUCGUCCAGGUAUUAGCAGUACAAACAGACGUCCUAGGGGCAGGGGUGUUGCACGAGGUGGUGGAAGAGGUGCUGCUCCAUACUAUGCUGGUGCAUUUACACCGAGAGGGCGUCGACCUUUUGGGCUUGCAUCAGCACUUCAGGUGCCAUGCUAGAUAUUUAUUUUUGUUUGAUUCUAUUGAUAACUUUGCACCCUACAUAACUUUAGUGCAUAUUAAAGAGAUGGGGGUGGUGGGAUUAAUGUUCACUGUAA